AAAAAAAGAAUUUUAAAGGGUUCAGUUGAACUAUCCAAGAUUAAAUGUGUAGAACUUGUGAAAAGUGACAUCCCAGUUCCAUGUCACUAUAAAUAUCCUUUCCAGAUUUUUCAUGAUAGCUAUAUGCUCUACAUCUUUGCUCCCAACCUAGCAAGCUGCCAGAAAUGGGUCAUGGUUCUGAAAGAAGAAACUCAGAACAACACCACUUUGGUGUCAAAGUUUCACCCAAAUUUCUGGAUAGAUGGACGAUGGAGAUGUUGUGCUCAGCUAGAAAAGAUGGCAACAGGCUGCACGGAGUAUAUUCCAGCCAAGACUGCCUCUAAUAAACCUCUUCCGCCUACACCGGAGAAUAACAUGAAAUUAUCACUGGAUACCAAGGAAUCUUCAGUAGUUGCCAUUUAUGAUUAUAUUGCUCAGAAUCCUCAGGAACUGACAUUACGAUGCAAUGAGGAAUAUUAUGUUAUUGAUAACUCUGAAGUCCAUUGGUGGUUGGUUCAGGAUAAGAAUGGGCAUGGAGGAUAUGUGCCAAGCAGCUACAUAGUAGAAAAAUCACCAGAUAAUCUUCAAAUAUAUAAUUGGUACAACAAGAAUAUCAGCAGAAACAAAGCAGAAGCAAUGCUCAGGGAAGAGGAUAAAGAAGGAGCUUUCAUGGUGAGAGACUCAAGGCAGCCUGGCACCUAUACAGUCUCUGUCUUCACAAAAGCAUUAAACAAUGACAACAGCCCUGUUAUAAAGCACUAUCACAUCAAGGAGACCAAUGACAAGCCCAAGAGGUAUUACCUGGCAGAGAAACAUAUUUUUGAUUAUAUCCCGGAACUGAUCAAUUACCACCAGUAUAAUGCAGGAGGUCUUGUUACUCGAUUGAGAUAUGCUGUCUCCUCCUGGAGAGAAAAAGCUCCUGUUACAGCUGGAUUAAGUUAUGGUAAAUGGAUUAUUAGUCCGCAAGAACUAACAUUUGAACAGGAGAUCGGUGUUGGUGAGUUUGGGGUGGUUCAUCUUGGUUAUUGGCUUGAUCGGAUGAAAGUGGCUAUAAAGACAAUUCGCACAGGAACAAUGUCAGAAGAAGACUUUAUUGAAGAGGCCCAAGUCAUGAUGAAAGUAUCUCAUCCCAAAUUGGUCCAGUUACAUGGGGUAUGCAUGCAAAAUUCUCCUAUAUGUUUAGUAUUUGAGUUCAUGGAGUUUGGAUGUUUAUCUGAUUACCUGAAAAGGCAACGUGGAAGCUUAUCAAAGGAAGACCUUCUCGGAAUGUGUCAAGAUGUUAGUGAGGGAAUGGCUUAUCUUGAGGAGGCAUCUGUCAUUCAUAGAGAUCUGGCUGCUCGGAACUGUUUGGUGGGCGAAUUUCAAGUUGUCAAAGUGUCAGAUUUUGGAAUGUCACGGUAUGUUCUUGAUGAUCAAUAUACCAGUUCCAUGGGUACUAAAUUCCCCAUCAGGUGGUCAGCACCAGAGGUUUUUUCCUAUAACCGCUAUAGCACCAAAUCGGAUGUAUGGUCAUUUGGAGUAUUGAUGUGGGAGGUAUUCUCUGAAGGCAAAACUCCUUAUGAGAAUCGGACAAAUGCUGAGGUGGUAGAAGAAGUCAGUGCUGGCCUCCGAUUGUAUAAACCCAGACUUGCUUCCAAUAGCAUUUAUAAUCUUAUGCAACAUUGUUGGAAUGAGAAGCAAAACGACAGACCACCUUUUUCUCACCUGCUCUGCCAUCUCAAUGAAAUUUCUGAAUCUGAUCUUUAA